ACCCUGGAGGGUUCGCCUGCGUUCCCGGCCCCCACACUGACAGGUGCUCCCAGCCACUUGCUGGUGACUCCUCGCCUCUCCCCCGGCUUCCCCCGCGUCCCCACCCCCCCUCUUUUUUUUUUUUUUUCCCUCCCUCGCCGUCACCCCCACCCCCACCACUUUCGGCACAGCUCAGGAUUUGUUUAAACCUCGGGAAACUGGUUCAGCUCCAGGUUUUGCUUUGAUCCUUUUCAAAAACUGGAGACACAGAAGAGGGCUCUAGGAAAAAGUUUUGGAUGGGAUUAUGUGGAAACUACCCUGCGAUUCUCUGCAGCCAGAGCAGGCGCGGCGCUUCCACCCCAGUGCGGCCCUCCCCUGGCGGCGGUGAGAGAGACUCGGGAGUCGCCGCUUCCCCAGUGCCCGCCGUGCGUGUGCGUGAACUCUCGCCCCAGUCAGCCAAAUGCUCCUCUUCGGGCUUCUCCUGCUGACAUCUGCCCUGGCCGGCCAGACACCCGGGACUCAGGCUGAGUCCAACCUGAGUAGCAAAUUCCAGUUCUCCAGCAACAACAACAAGGAGCAGAACGGAGUACAUGAUCCCCAGCAUGAGAGAACUAUUAGUGUCUCUACCAAUGGAAGUAUCCACAGCCCACGCUUUCCCAACGCUUACCCGAGAAACACGGUCUUGGUAUGGAGAUUAGUAGCUGUAGAAGAAAACAUGUGCAUACAGCUUACAUUUGAUGAAAGAUUUGGGCUUGAAGACCCAGAAGAUGACAUAUGCAAGUAUGACUUUGUAGAGGUUGAAGAACCCAGUGACGGCACCGUGUUAGGACGCUGGUGUGGUUCCGGUGCUGUGCCAGGAAAGCAGAUUUCUAAAGGAAAUCAGAUCAAGAUCAGAUUCGUGUCUGAUGAGUAUUUUCCUGCUGAACCAGGCUUCUGCAUCCACUACAGCAUUGUCGUGCCACAAUUCCCAGAGGCUGUGAGCCCCUCAGUGCUGCCUCCGGCUGCAUUGCCGCUCGACCUGCUCAACAAUGCUGUCACGGCCUUUAGCACCUUGGAGGAUCUUAUCCGCUAUCUGGAGCCAGACAGGUGGCAGCUGGACUUGGAGGAUCUGUACAGGCCAACGUGGCAACUUCUUGGCAAGGCUUUUGUUUUUGGAAGAAAAUCCAGAGUGGUGGAUCUGAACCUUCUGAAAGAGGAGGUGAGACUUUACAGCUGCACACCGCGCAACUUCUCCGUGUCCAUAAGGGAAGAAUUGAAGAGAACCGAUACCAUUUUCUGGCCAGGUUGCCUGCUGGUUAAACGCUGUGGUGGAAAUUGUGCCUGUUGUCUCCACAACUGCAACGAAUGCCAAUGUGUCCCCAGCAAAGUCACUAAAAAAUAUCAUGAGGUCCUUCAGUUGAGACCAAAGAUCGGCGUCAGGGGUUUGCAUAAAUCGCUCACGGAUGUGGCGCUGGAGCAUCACGAGGCGUGUGACUGUGUGUGCAGAGGGAACACUGGGGGGUAAAGGCACGCCCCUGGCCCUUUCCUGGAGCUGCACCGAGCAGCUGAUGCGAUAGAGAACUUAGGCAUGAUCUCCAUCCAUAACCUCACUUGUUUGCUUCAAGAUCCUUCCAUCUUCAGGAUUUGCAGCGCAUUCUGCAAGAGGAGAUACCACAGGAAUUAGGAGUUGUGCAACAGCUGGUUUAAGAGAAGGCCCAAAGGACAGAGAAAAGCUCUUCCAUCCUGGGAAAAAAGUCAAGUGUUGUGGACCAUUCGCUGGUUCCAGAGUCACCAUGUUCCCAUGUCACUAGCUGCCUUCUGUACUUACGUGACGAGAUAGGACAGAGGGACUGUGAGUAGGGACUCCUGCUGCCCCCUUCACAACCCUGCUGUCCUGAGCCUCAAAUCACAGAAGAUCUGGAAAUGUUCCCUUAUAUUCACAUAUGUAAACCAGAAUUUUCUAUGUUCUACAAGCUUGGUUUUUAAAAAGGAACCUGUUGUUAGGAAUGACACACGUGUCUUGCUGAAAAGAAAGACUGGAUUUUCCAUAUCUCUUAACAGAACCUCUGCCAUUUAAAAGAAAAGAACUAUGCUGACGGUUUGGAAGAGGCAGACCUUGAAAGAGUGGCCUUAUCUUCACUUUAUCUAAAGUUGGUUUAUUUGUUUUAUUGUGUACAUUUUAUAUUCUCGUUUUGACAUUAUAACUGUUGUCUUUUCUAAUCUUGUUAAAUAUAUCUAUUUUUACCAAAGGUAUUUAAUAUUCUUUUGUAUGACAACCUAGAUCAACUAUUUUUAGCGUGGUAAUUUUUUUUUCUAAAAAGAAUGGUUAUAGCCAGAGGAACAAAGAUGAUAUAAAAUAUUGUUGCUCUGACAAAAACACAUGUAUUUCAUUUUUGUAUGGUGCUAGAGCUUAGAGUAACCUACGUUUUUAAAAAAAAAAAAAAGAAGUGGGAGGUCCACAGAUUGGUAAGUUGGUAACCUAUUUUUUUGAAAAAGAAUUCAAUGAUUUAUCUUCCACCCCUCUCAUUGGAGAUGCAAGGAAACACAUAUGGAAAUAGACACACAGUCAUUGCUAACCUAGCAAUUGUGGGCAAACUGUGAGCCUGGCUCAACAGGACAUAAAACACGUUGAAGCAAAGACUUGGCAGCUCCCUGACAAAGCAUACUCUACUGUGCUGUAGGGACACAUUCUAUUUAUUGCGAUGUUACAGUUUUAUUAUCUUUAAACUCUGUUCCAUACACUUGUAUAAAUACAUGGAUAUUUUUAUGUACAGAGGUAGAGCCUUUAACCAGUCCACUUACUGUACUCUUUGGCGAUGGACAAGAAACCCGGUAAAAAAAAAAAAAUUCUUUGCUUGUAAAAUGCUUUCUAUUGUGCCUAGGUUAUGUGGUGACUAUUUUAAUUAAAAUUGUAUGAAACUCAUCAAAUAAAAGAAUGUGGCUAU